UCCCCCUGAAAUCAUUGGCUUUCUGUGAUCCUCAUCAGUGUCGUCUCCUCUGUGCUCUCUCAGUCUGAGCCGACCCGGUGUGGAGUAACUCUACAGGCACGAUGGUGUUUUUCAACAGCAUGUGGACCGUGCUAGCUUUCAUCACAUUCGCUACAGUCCUGCUGCUAUCAAACUCUUGCUCUGCAGCAAAGUCAGAGCUGACAGUAACUACAAUAAAGCAAGACCCGUACACCAUGCUGAAGGGCUCUCAGCUGGAGGGAUACUGUAUGGACCUGCUGUCUGAAUUAGCCAAGAAACUGGGCUUCAAGUAUAAAGUUCAUCUGGUGAAAGACGGGUCGUACGGCCGGCUGGACGAGAGUGGAAACUGGAAUGGGAUGAUUGGAGAGGUGGUGAGGGGGGAGGCGGAUCUUGCCGUAGCUCCUCUAACGCUGACCGCAGCUCGAGAGAAGGCAGUAGGAAUGACCAAACCCUACAUGCAGACGGGUAUCAGCAUCCUCAUGCGGCGGGACAUCACCUCAGAGGAUUCCAGCAUGUUCGACUUCCUCAGUCCGUUUUCUGGAGAGACCUGGUUCGGGAUCCUCGUCGCAUACAUCCUGACCGCAGUCUGCAUCUGCGUCGUAGCCAGAGUGAGCCCUUGUGAAUGGAGUCAGCCUGAGAGCGAGCAGAACCCCUUCACCCUCCUGCACAGUCUGUGGUAUAUCGCCGGAGCUCUCAGCCUGCAAGGUGCAGGUCCUCACCCCAGGUCUCCAUCCGGCCGUGUGGUCAGCUGUACUUGGUGGCUCUUUGCCGUGGUGCUGCUGGCCUGCUAUUUCUCCAACCUGAGCUCCAACCAAAGCUCAGACUCUUCACACCUCAUGAUAAAGGGCUUUGAGGAUCUGGCCAAUCAGGACAUAAUCGAAUAUGGAACACUGGCUGGAUCUUCAACACUGGCUUUCUUUAAGAAUUCAAAUAAUCCUUCCUACCGCCGCAUCUAUGAGCACAUGGAGAGACGGAAGAGUUUUGUAUCAUCAAUGGAUGAAGGUGUUCAGAAGGCACGGGAUGGAAACUUUGCUUUUAUUGGGGAGUCAGUAUCGCUGGACCUCGCUGUGGCUCGUUACUGUGAGCUGGUUCGAGCCCAUGAGGUUAUUGGAAUGAGAGGCUACAGCAUCGUGACUCCUCUGAACUUCCCCAUGCUGAAGAACCUGAGCGUAGCCAUCCUGCAGCUGAGUGAGGCAGGUGAGCUGGCCUAUCUGCGCAGUAAAUGGUGGGCCAGCAGCUGCAUGGCUCAAAGUGCUAAAGGUUCAUCACUAAGGGCCCAAAGCAUGAAGGGAAUUUUCCUGGUGCUCGCUGUGGGUCUGGGGCUCGGGGUGCUGCUGGCUCUGCUGGAGCUCACCUCCAAAUCCCGGAGCAGAGCCCAGGAGCAAAAGAAGUCCUGCUGCUCUGUUCUGACCCAGGAGCUCAGUCAGCGUCUGAGAACAAACAGCCCAAAGCGAGAGCCGGAAACCUCAGAGAAAAACAAGGCCUGAAGUUCUCGCUUCCUUAAUUUACUAAUUACAGCCGGGACCCUUUCACCGCCCAGAACAGAAACUCUAUACCUGUAAAAGCCUAACUAUCUGCACUGUGGCAUAGAUUCAUAUUAGCAGUAGUACAUACCUCAAGCUGUACAUCAGUAAUUAGAGUUUAUACACUCUCUAAGUGUGGGAGGAAACCUGGGGGACUAAUCAAAAGCGACUAAUAUAAAUAAAAUAUACCUGCUCUAAUCCUGUAUACCUAACCUCUCAUCUUCUCUUUUAUGUUCAAAUAUAAUGCACUUUAGUAAUCAAAUAUAUAUUUAAAUCAUUUUAUAGAAGUUAUGAAUCUAUAUCAAAAGUGCCUAUAUACUAUAAUAAGAUUCAAGGAGUUCAGACAGAAUGUGUUUAUCUGUGCAUUGUUUCAUCUUAAACACAUCAUUAAAAACAUUUACAUCACACAAGAUAAUGUACAAAAAGCUCCUUACAGUAACAACUCUGGCACAUUGUAAUUAAUGAAAUAAUAAAUAAAAUUUAACCAAAA